UGGUCCACUUGAUAUGGAGAUCUUCAACAUAUCAGGGCUGAGAAUAAUUGAGCUUUCACUCAACAAUCUAUCAGGAAGCCUCCCACCAAACAUGUGUUCUAUCUUACCCAACAUUGAAAGACUUUUUCUGGGCAACUUAACCAAUAUUGUUGGGACUAUUCCUCAUUCCAUCUCCAAUUGUUCAAAACUUACUAAACUAGAGCUUUCAGGCAACAAACUCACUGGCUUGAUUCCCAACACACUUGGAUAUUUGACUCAUCUACAGUACCUAAACUUGGAAAGAAACAAUUUAACCAGCGACUCAUCGUUAAGCUUCCUGACUUCCUUAACCAAUAGCAGAAAUUUAACAUUUCUUGAUAUAUCUUUCAACCCUCUAAGCAGCAUGCUUCCAGCCUCCACGGGGAACUUUUCCACAUCUCAUUUAAAAUUUUAUGCCAAGAGUUGCGAGAUCAAAGGGCGAAUUCCAAAUGAAGUUGGUAACUUAAGCAGCUUAUUAGACCUUUUACUUUCUGGAAACAAUUUGGUUGGAUCAAUUCCCACAUCAAAUGGAAACUUGAGAAAGCUUCAGCGCUUCGACUUGACUAACAACAAAUUGACAGGGUUUAUUGGAGAUCAUAUAUGUAAAUUGCAGCAUUUGGGUGAUAUUUACUUGGGUCAAAAUCAACUUUCAGGAUCUCUUCCUAAUUGUUUAGAGAAUAUUACUUCCCUUAGGGAGAUACAUCUGGGUUCCAAUAAAUUGAGUUCCAAUAUACCACCAAGCUUAGGGAACCUACAAGAUCUAGUGGUUCUUGACUUAUCGUCAAACAACAUGGUAGGUUCUUUACCUCCAGAAAUUGGAAAUCUAAACGCUAUAAUAAAGAUGGAUCUAUCGAUGAAUCAAUUUUCAAAUAGAAUUCCAACCGAAAUUGGAGGAUUGCAAAAUCUGGCACACCUUUCUUUGAGACACAAUAAAUAGCAAGGAUCUAUACCUGACUCAAUGAGCAAUAUGGUAGGUUUGGAAUUCCUAGACCUUUCUCAUAACAAUAUAUCUGGAAUCAUUCCUAAGUCUUUGGAGAAACUUCAAAACUUGAAAUAUUUCAAUAUUUCUGUCAACAAAUUGUACGGUGAAAUACCCUCGGGAGGUCCUUUCAAGAACGUCUCGAGUCAGUUUUUCAUCUACAAUGAAGCAUUGUGUGGUUCUUCAAGAUUUAGUGUCCCGCCAUGCCCCACUUCAUCAAAGCAUAGAUCAAAUAGGAAAAAGUUGCUAGUUCUGUUUCUUUUGCUCGCAAUUGCAGUUGUAUUUGUUCCUAUGACCUUUGUGCUCCUAUGGAUAAGGUAUAGAAGAGGUAAAAGUGUUCCUCAGCAAGCUGACUUAUUGUCUACCAUAGCAAGAGCUAGGAUUUCAUACCAUGAACUUCUCCAAGCAACUAAUGCACUUAGCGAGAGUAAUCUAAUUGGUUCUGGAAGUUUUGGCUCUGUUUACAAAGGCAUUCUCAGAAGUGGAACUGCCAUUGCAGUUAAAGUGUUCAACCUGCAACUGGAUGCGGCAUUCAAGAGUUUUGAUACGGAAUGUGAAGUUUUGUGUAGCAUUCGCCAUAGGAAUCUCGUAAAAGUCAUUACUAGUUGUUCCAAUCUUGAUUUCAAGGCUUUAGUUCUCGAGUAUAUGCCUAACGGGAGUCUUGAGAAGUAUUUGUAUUCGCACAACUACUUCCUCAAUGUCAGACAGAGACUAAGCAUAAUGAUAGAUGUGGCAUGUGCAUUGGAAUAUCUCCAUCACAAUUAUUCGUCGGUUGUGGUUCACUGUGAUCUAAAGCCUAGUAAUGUUUUGCUGGAUGAGGAUAUGGUUGCCCACCUAAGCGACUUUGGCAUUUCAAAACUACUUGGUGACGAUGAGAGUGAUUUAUACACUGAAACCUUCUCAACACUGGGUUAUAUUGCUCUGGAGUAUGGACUGGAUGGACUAGUGUCAACAAAAUGCGAUGUCUAUAGCUACGAGAUCAUGUUGCUGGAAACGUUUACUAGGAGAAAACCUAAUGAGUUUGAGGGAGAUCUUAGCUUGAAGCAAUGGGUGAGUUAUUCACUUCCACAGGCAGUAAUGGACGUCGUAGAUGCCAACUUGCUAACAUCAACUGACAAUCGCUUACAGAAGGAGCUUGAUGUUAUCACAUCAAUCAUGAAAGUAGCAUUAGAUUGUUGUGCUGAAUCUCCGGGAGAAGGACUAACAUGAAAGAUGCUGUAGCGAUUCUGCAGAAGAUCAAUAUUCAACUUCUUGCAUGCUAAGCAUGUUCUUGGAAUCUUUCGUCGCUUCAAGUCACUUGUUUGUUGCAAAUGUUUGCUAAAUUAGUGGAAUAAUGUAAACAUUUCUUUCUUUGUCUUCUUUUAGCACUUGAUUUCCUCUUAAUAUUAAUGUUGCAAAAUGGUGGAACUUGUAAAUAUAAAUUGAAUAACAAAAACCAAAUUAAUCCU